AUGGAACGCACUCCAAAUCUCGACAAUAGUCAUACAAGAGCAUUCCCAAACCAACGAAAAGAUCCCUGCCUUCCAAGAGCCUUCGAAUGGACCAAACAGAAGCAAUUGUACUGUCCUCCAGAUCUCCUCCGCUGUACCCUUGUAGAUACCGACGAACCGACUCUGGGCCAUGAAUUCGGCUACGUAUUCUGUCAUCGCGCACUCUACGACCGUGCUCAGGGCAUCAUCGAUAAUUCCACGGCUGCCAUCGAGAAUGGAGCGAACCACGGGUACUACCUUCACGAGCUUGACUCGUUCGUCUUCGACCGGUUAGACAAAACUAUUGUGGUCCAUGAAAAGGGAUCUUUCCGAGUUUCGGCAGAAGACAAACAAUGGGAAGAAAUGAGUGUUUUCGAGAUCCUUAGGAUGUUUCUGGUUGAUCGAAAAGUUGAUCUAAGCAAACGUAACUUCACAGAGUCAUUCGAGAAGACGAACCAGACUGUACCGGAUCUACUAAGUAUAUUUUGGAAGGAAUUGCUCCAUCCUACUGGGGUCACAUUUCAGAUAGAUAUCAGGGACGAUGACUUCCAGAAGGUCUUUUCUUACUACUCAUAUCACGUGUUCAAAAGAAUUAACCAUCGCAAAAGCUUAGGAUCUCGCCUGUUCCGGCCAGCAAUGUUCAAGGGCUACAAUCAUCAUUACAAGUCGUUCGAUGCUCUUCGAGAUGCCAUCCAGCAAGAAUGUAUUACACUAUAUGGUCGGAAUUACUUCAAAACUGAAUACUUGGACUGGUUCCCUCCUUUGAUCAUGGUAAUUACCGCUGAGGCUAUGAGGAAGCUUUUGAAGGAGGAAUACCCAUCAAAUGCAUUACCACAGUCAGGGGCGCCUUUUGAUUUCAGCACUGCAUCAAGCUAUGAGCGUAUCUACGCCUUAGCCAUGAGACACAUAUCCUCCUUUGUGAACAUUGGAAAGAACCACUACAACUUUAUACUUGAAGUUGAAUACAGCGGCCUCGGACUAGGGUACAAUGUGAAAGAUGACCUAGCAUGGAACCCUUUGAACGGAAAGCGGAUAGUAACCGAAGAAGUAAUUUUUGAGGCCCGGUUUGACAGAGCCUUGAUAGACGUAACCUUGGAUCUGAAGAGAGCCCACAAAGGAUUGUUGAUCGCAUCAUGUACGAGAUUGCCCGAUGUCAUUUUGCCAACAGGAUAUUACAUUGCAGAUUAUUCAUCAUCGAAGAUGAAACCUUGGGAAACUGAGGAGAAAGGAAUCUCACGUCAUUUGAGAACUAUCCAUGGAGGCCUAUACCCACAAUCAGACAUUUGCAUUGCCGACAAUGCUGGAGGAGAGAUUGCUGCACGCACUUGGAUAGACCAAUAUGCAAAAUUAAAAAGGAAAGACCUCCUCAAACUCUCUUUUGGAGGGUAUUCGUACCAAGACUGGCUAGAGAGCAGCCACCAACCAGAUCUUGUCGAAGCCAUGGGCAUCAUCAAUGGCAAUUUUCUCGCGAACCAAGUUGGAGAGGUCGCCCCUGUUGCUUCAGGAAAAGAUAUUAGUACAGCAGCGCCGAUGCUUCUCGAUGAAGCGGGUAGUUUUCUCAUGGAUUGGCAAGAGAUCUUCAACGCUCCCAACGACGACGGAGACGAGCCCAAGAGAGAAGUCCAAGCCAGAGUAGGCAGUACACAAGACUUCGACCCUCGUGUAGCUAUAACCGAUCCAACGGGCAGAAUGCGCAUAUGCGAAGUAGGUCCCAAUGAUAAGCGCAAGGUUCUUCACGUCGGAGACAGAGAUUUCAUUUUCGAUAAUGUGCAAAACGCAAUUCGUGCGUCCAAUAGCCUUUACGUCUAUUAUGCCGUCGAUGCCGGCUAUCACAGGCAUAUGGAUGAUUACGGCGAAACCGAAAAAGCGAGAACAUUCCCGGUUCGUAACUACGAGGCUAUCAAACGGCUGAUAGGGACUGGCGCAGACAUCAAUGCGUUGUCUGGAAUAUACGGCACUCCACUGGCAUUAGCUUGUGUCAAAGGCGACUACGCUGCUGCCAAAUUCCUGCUGGGAAAUGGGGCCAAGAUAGAUGUCAAAGGGCCGUAUGGCUAUCCUUUGGAGCUCGCGACCGCAAAAGGCCAUGCAGAGGUUGUGAAAUUGUUGUUG